AAGAUGGCCGCCGCCUUCGAGUGCCGCUCGGGCACGUCUGUCACGUGGCGAGAGCACGUCUCCGAUAUUCAUUCGUUCAUUCGGGUCGCGGGCGUCCCGGCGCCUCUCCCGGCUAUCUUCGGGCGAGGGGCGGGACACGCCCUGAACCGAUCGGAAGAAGAAACAAACAAACAUUCGCCCUCACAUUCACAAUUUAGGGUCGUCGACGAACCGAGCAUGCUUGUUUUUGGGAUUGGGAGCAAAGCGGAGUGCCCGGGGAGAACAUGCAAAGUCCACACGGGCGGGGCCGGGAUUCGAACCCCGGCCUUCGGAACCGUGAGUCAGAUGUGCUAACCGGUCGUCCGCUGUGCCGCCAGCAUGUCCAAAAAAAAAAAAUUUGGGAAUUCCCCUCCCGACCGUACUUCAAACUUCCAAAGACACUUUUUAAAGUCCACUGGACCCUAACCGGCCUAUUCGGCAUGAAGGAAUUCGCCUAUUUGCAGAGUUUGGGGGGAACCUGCGCCCGUCGAGCAAAAGUAUCGAAGCAGACAAAACUUUAUUCAACGGGAGCACAAGACCAGCGAUUCUGUGCGGUUGGCGAAAGUAUCACUGCCGAAGUUCAGUUGUGUUGAACUUUUUACGACAAUUAUUGCAUUUCAUACUUUUUUUUUUUUCCUCUCUUGAAGCGCAGUGUUAAUGUUCCAACUCUGCCUAAUGCUACCGUGGCUGAGAAUGAGACUAAAUGUACGUUUUAGGAAUCAAAUCUGAUGAACACUUGGGCCUACUACACUACUACAUUUGAGCGUUGUCGUGAUGGCGCCGCGAGAAUUCUUUCAGUGUCAAAAGUUUGAGAACAAACACAAAGGAAGGAAAUAAAUCUACCACGACAAAAGUGUUGGCGGCAAAACCAAGCCCAGAAUAAAAAAAGGAACAAAUGGAAAGUCGAUCGAUGGAGCGACAAAUUGAAAACAAAACCAAGCAAAAAGACAAAAGCGCAACUGCGCAAAUAAGUAAAGACCACGGCCGUCCGCGGGGGGGCGGAGGACGCCGUCUGAAGUUUCCAAAGGCGGGAAAUCAGAAAACAGCAAAACCAAAAGACUUGCCUACGAAGGAACCCGAAUAGCGACGGCACAAGAAGACCACGAGAACGCGGCGAGCGUCCGUCUCCCGCUUAAAAGCCAACGAAAGUGAAAAAGUCCAAAAACAAAAACCAAACAGGAUCACGCGAUGGUGACAGUUGUUUGUGGGAACCUCGCUUUAGUUGCAUUUUUUUUACAUUUCGGACGGAGCCCAUUGGCCAAUCCCCCGAGUGUUCGUCUUUUUCCCCAAAAAUACGUUUCGUGGGAAAGACAAGCAGCAGAAACUGUUUGUGGACUUUUGCUAUCCCCACCGGGAGGCGCAAAGAGCAGCGGUCGUAUGACGCCGCUUUGAAGAAACGCUGAGACGCUCGUUUGUCACGGGGUUACGCUCUAGGAAACUCGCAAUCAAAGAAAUCUGCCAACUAACAGACAAUUACGUCUUAUAUUAUAUCCACCUAUCAGUUACACAAUGGCAUUAUACAGUACGACACUUCAGGCCGUUUCCCGCGUGCGCCAUUUGCAAAUAUCGUCGGCAUUGCGGCAACCCAGAAUUCAUCGCGGCGACGAUUUUAACUUCAGGACUGUAGUUGUCGAAACUCAAGCUCACCGUUGCUCUUUACUUGCGUGCGCCCCUGCGGCCGUUGUUAGGAGCUAUCCGUUGCACCUCGCUCGCUAUUUGUGAAUGCGUUCGAUCAAACUCGGACUGCGGCUCGUGUUUUAAACGCUAGCUUUCCCGUCACGUCGUAGGGCACCCUCAAGCAAUUUGCUGACUCAACAAAUUUAAGAGUCGACGUGACUCGGUAAGGUUUCGUGACUAUUUCGAACGAGCCGCGAGUCAUUGUCGCCGCAUUCAAAUCGCUUAGCCGACCGAGCUAACCGUAUCAGAGACGUGCGGCCGAGUAACCGCUCAACACCGACCAAGUCAAAAAAAAAUCACGACGCACUGAAUCCACGAUAAGCGAACUGUGAUAUAGCAAGGUAUUACACAAUAGCGUUUAUUUGCCAUCUGGCAUUCACAAUUGUCCUUUUUGUGGAUUUUUGGGGGUGAAUCCAUUAUUUGCUGAAAAACUCAAGCUCAAAACGUGUGUUGAAACUGUCCGGUAAUUGCUUGCGGAUGCCGUGUGAUGCAAGCGAAGGGCUACCUUUGUCGGAAUGAAGCUCCUCGACUCACUCGAUAACUGGCGGAUUUUGGCUCUUUCGGGAUCUGCCCCGAAGUCAACGAAAAACAAGUUCAUCGAAUAUGUAAAAGAUACUUCUACAUUCUACAGGAAUUCGAUCUAAUUGCGAGAAGAAGUCAUCCCGGUCGCCCGAAAGCGAGUUGAGACGCGCUUACAUAACCGCUGCCGUUAGGACACUGAAAUGGCUUCGUGCGUGCUCGUACACGAAUGUCGUACACACGCAAGGUUUAAGAUGGCGUGUGUGCGUGUGCUCGUUUUCCAACAAGCCUACACGACUUCCUGCUGGCACCCGAUUGGAUGCCUAAAAUGUGCACACAAACGCACCCGAAUCAUCGUCAUUCAAUCAUUCGUCGGAGGAAAAAGAUUCCGAGCAUAUUCGCGGAAUCAUCAAGUGAGUGUGAUAAAACAUCAACACGCACACACGCGGAGGGUGUUCGUGUCACUUCCUCUGCAUCCUCUCACGGUCUCCAUGGCAACCGUCUGCAGAGAGGCGGGCUCUGGCGGGCCACGCCCACUGCAGCACGUUCGGCUCCCCCGCGCGCAUUUGACCUUUUGCAUUAUUUGAUCUAUUUUUAUUCCAUGCACGUCGUUUUGAAAUGUUUUGGUGCGCGUGCGCGUGCGCGUGCGAGUGAUCCUGCCCCGCAACGGAAGUGUCCUGACUGUAAUUCCGAUAUUCAUUUAUUUGGGAAGGCAAAGUGACUAAAACGGAGAUUUCCAAACGAAUGAAGCCUCGCCGAGCCCGCGCUUCGGAAACCUUUUACCACUUGGAAGAAAAAAUUCCCCAAAACGUCUCCACGUUCUACCAUAAUAAAAACAUUUCAAUUCAGUUACGCCUCCCAGUUCCGAGGACCGGGGUUCGAUCCCCGGCCCCGCCCGUGUGGAGUUUGCGUGUCGUCCCCGUGCCCGCGUGGCUUUUCUCUCCCGCAUCCCAAAAACGCGCGUUCAUCGGAGACUCUCAAUUGCCCGUAGGUGCGACUGCGAGCGCGGACGCUUGUCUGUUUGCGUGUGCCCUGCGACCUGCCCGACGAUAGCCGGGAUGGGCUCCGGCACGCCCGCGACCCGCGUGAGGAGAAGCGCGACAGAAAACGGACGCAUGGAUGGCAUUGAAGCUACAUAGUAGGCCUAAGUGUUCUUCAAAAAACAAAAGGUCACUGCAACAUUAGGCACUGUUUGAACAUUCAAACCGAGGGAAAGGAAAUGACUUCAGGAUUCGAUACAAAAGAGACAUUAAACAUUAUUGCAGUUAAAUACAAAAAAAAAAUGUUCAACAAGACAUGACAACGGAUUCUACUUUCAAGAUACGACUUCGAGCGCCACCUUCAGAUAGGAGCGCUCCACGGUGGCGGUGAACUCAAUCGAUUCAGUUUGACAAAUCGUCAACAAUUCUUCAAGCUGUUUCGCGCCGCUCCCAGCUGAAGUUUAGUCGGAAACGAAACAGAAACCAAAGAGCACGCCGCCCGUCAAAUAACAACUUCCGCUUCGCUGAAUGCGAACAAACAAUGAAAAACGCAAUUGACAUGCUAAUGGUUAGCAUCGAUAGCUGCAGUUUUGGACGCAACAAAUAUUUAAACACAAACACAUGUAGACAGAUCAUAUGUUGUUACAUAUUCAUAUUAUGUUACAUCAUUAUUUUACGAUACGGGAAGUCCUGGAUUUACGAACGAGUUCCGUUCCCACCCUGGCGACGUAACACGAUUUCCCACGUAAGUCGGAUUUCACCGUUAAAGUCGAAAUUUACGGCCAAAUACUUGCGUUACGGGUAUCGUCCCGCGCGAUCGUGACAGCGAGCUCAGCGUGUGCGUCGACGCGUGAGUGAGGCGGGACCGCGAAGGAGGAAGGCGUGCGCGCCGGUGCGAGUGCGAGUGCGGUGACGGCGACCGCGGGAGAGUAGCGAUUAGCGGAGGGCGCGUCGACGUCGAACGUGCCGAGGAGCCGAUGAAGCCGUUCGAGCGGCACACGGGCGCUUCGUGCCUUUAUUGUGCGACGAGAGUUAACCCCUGCGUCUCCCCGCCACGGUCGGGCGACCGUCGGGGAAAGGUUAACGCUUUGGAUGAAGAAACUCAAAUAUAAAAAAAGAUGCUGUACUUACCAUUACUGCUGAGGGUGUGAAAAAAGGAGGGCGGAAAAAAAAGGCAAAGAUGCUCCCGCCGCACAAACACAGACACGCACGAUGCACUAGCUAAGCGGGGAGCACGAUGGUGUCGGGACAAAAUGGCGGACGAGGCGCGGGCGUCGUAAAGUCGAAACGUCGUAGGUCGAGGACUUCCUGUACUGACCUCCUGACGGUAGCAGGAGAACAAAUACUCUUCUUCUGCACAAGUGAAAUAUUAGCUAUCGUCCCCGGCGUGCCCGGAACACCUCGCCCACGAGCCAUCCUAAUCGGAUGCCCGAGCCACCUCAUCUGGCUCCUCUCGAUGCGGAGGAGCGGUAGCUCUACCCCGAACCCGAGCUUCUAAUCCGUUCUCUAAGGGAGAGCCCGGACGCCCCGCGGAGGAAACUCCUUUUGGCCACUCGUAUCUGGGAUCUUAUUCUUUCGUUCCGUGGGUGAGGGUAGGAACGUAGAUCGACCGGUAAAUCGAGAGCUCCGCGGGACUCCCCGAGGGACGCGGUCGAACGCCUUCUCCGAGUCCACAAAACACCUGUAGACUGGUCGCGCACCCUCGAGGACCCCGCCGAGGGCGUAGAGCCGGUCCGCUGUUCCGAGGCCGGGACGAAAACCGCACUGCCCCUCCUGAAUCUGAGAUUCGACUUCGCGACAGACCGCCCUCUCCGGCGCCACCGGGCGGCGAUCGCUCGGCAGCUCCGCCCGUCUCUCCAACCGAGUGUCCGAGACGUGCGCCCGCAAGUCCGAUGUCGCGAGCGCAAAGUCGACGGUCGAACUGCGACCCGGGGCGUCCCGGCGCCAAGUGCGCGUGCGGACACCCUUUUGCUCGAACGUGCUGUUCGUUAGGGACAAUCCGUGACGAGCGCAGAAGUCCAAGGCAACAAGGUAUACCCGCACCUGCUCGGCGCCUCUCACCGUGGGCAACUCCGGAGUGGAAGAGAGUCCGACCCCUUUCGAGAGGACCGGCACCGGAGCCCGAGCCGUGUGCGGCGGCGAGCCUGACUACAACUGGUCGGAAGCUCUCGACCUCGCGCACCGGCUCGGGCUCCUUCCCCGCCCGAGAGGUGACGUUCCACGCCCCGAGAGCCGGCUCCCGUAGCCGCGGAUCGGAUCGCCGAGGUCCCCGCGCCGCGCCCGACUCCUAUGGCCCCUCCCGCGGGGGGCGAGCCCACGGGAAGGGGGACCGUGGGUCCUUAUCCUUUCGGGCGCCUUCGUUCCCCGCAUCCAGGCCUCGCUCCGGAGGGGGGCCCCGGUGACCCGCGUCUGGGCAAGGGAAAAGGUCUUCCAGUAUUUUUAAACAUCAUCGGGGUCUUCGGAGCCGUGCUUUGUCUGGUCCCUCGCCGAGGGCCUGUUUGCCACGGGUGACCCGUAAAGCGCCAGACCGCUCGGGUCGAAGGAUCAUCGGGACGCGCAGACCCCUCGGCGACGAUAAGAAACAUUGCUGGAUGACUUCAUGUUGACUCAUCCCAUCUUCCUGACGGCCGACACCUUCCAGCGAGUUCUCCUGCAGCGGUUCCGUCUGCUUGCGGGGGACGGGCCGGGCGAGGCGGAGGAGGGGCCGGGCGGGGAGGGGGAGGAGCCGGGAGAGGGAAGGCGGGGCCGGCCGCACGCGGAGCUGGUGCGGGACGGCGUCCGCGGGAAGCGCGCCGUGCUCAGCGUGGCCUUUCGCUACCUGGAGACGUACCGGGAACUGCUGCAGGAGGAGGGAGACAAAUUCCCCAAGGAGUUGUACGUGUGCGCGCUUCGGGAGCUGAGUCGACAUCCCGGCCUGGUCGACGACGUCGUCAAACUGGAACGCUGGACCCAAAUGUUACACUGCCCUGUCGACGAGGAGAAGGAGAGCCGCAGGAAGCAGGUGCGACCGCUCUUCCGCCAUUUCCGGCGUAUCGACGCCUGCCUGCAGCCCAGGGAGGCGUUCAGGGGCUCCGACGAGAUUUUCUGCAGGGUGUACACGCCCGACCACUCGUACGUGACCAUCCGCAGCCGGCUGUCGUGCCGCGUGGGCGACAUCCUGGCGCUGGUGCGGGAGAAGCUGCAGUACAGCGACGAGCGGCCGCUGGCGCCCGGGAAGCUCCUCCUGGUCGCCGUCACGUCCGCCGGAGAGAAGGCGGCGUUCCGGCCCAGCGACGAGGCCGUCUUCACCACGCUGGGCGUCAACACGCACCUCUUCACCUGCCAACCCGACGAGCUCGACUCCCUGCUCCCUCUUCCCGAGGAGAUCCACUGGACGCCCGGAGACAGCAAACUUCACGACAUGUCGGCCGAGGAAGUGGCCAACCAGCUGGUGGCCUUCGACUGGGAGCUCUUCGGCUGCGUGCACGAGGUGGAGUUUGUGUGUUACGUGUUCCACGGCGAGCGGUCCCGCUGGCGCCCCCUCAACCUGGAGCUGGUACUGCAGCGCUGCAGCGAGGUGCAGCACUGGGUCGCCACGGAGACGUUGCAGUGCCACUCGCUGCCCAAACGGGUUCAGCUGCUCAGAAAGUUCAUCAAGAUCGCGGCGCUCUGCAAGCGACAGCAGGACCUUCUGUCCUUCCUGGCUGUGCUCCUGGGCUUGGACAACCCGGCACUCGGCAGACUGAGGCUCACCUGGGAGGGUCUUCCAGGGAAAUUCCGGAAACAGUUUCAACAGUUUGAGAGCAUCGCUGAUCCUUCUCGAAACCACAAGUCGUACAGAGACCUGAUCACCGGUCUCACGCCGCCACUCAUCCCCUUCACGCCGCUGCUGCUCAAAGAUUUGACUUUUCUUCACGAAAGUUGCAAAACUUUUCAUGGUCAACUCGUCAACUUUGACAAGAUGCACAAAGUGGCCGACAUGGUGCGAAGCAUCCGCAGAUACCGCAGUGGACAGCUGGUCGUGGAUACGGAGACGUCGCCGUCCCAUCUGCAGACCAAAGCGUACGUGAGGCAGCUGCACGUCAUCGACAACCAGAACCUGCUCUUUGACCUUUCCUGCAAACUGGAACCCCGAGACGGGCUCGGAGAUUAUUUUUAUCGUCGGCGUCACCCGAUCGCGCUAAUUAAGCUUCGCCGGACGUUUCCACGGCUACGAUCGAGAAGAGUCGGCGCCGCUUCCCGUCAUCGCCGGAGCUCGGGCUCACUGGCUCCGCCCCCCGCUGCCUUUAAAAGUUUUUCCCGCACGCCGCUCGUCCUCGCUGAGCUCUCGACCGCCGCCGGCCGCAAACCGACGACCUCCCCCGAGGUAACGAACGCCGCGUGCUUGUUGUUGUUGUUCUUUUCCUUGCUUUGGUUUUCAAGGUCAGAGGUUGACACGAUGAAAAAGCAAAAGUGGAAUCAAACGGCUGAUGUGUCACAUGACGUUUUUUCAUCCUCCUCGCUAACAGCGCACUGAGUGCUAACUUUGUGUUUUUGCAUGUUUGUGAUCGACGGCUGUCAUUUGCACUUCGUAUCUGCGUUGUAAGGUCAGGCAGGGGGCGGGGCCGCCGUCCGAGCACGUCAGCGGUCACUCGCUCCCCGUCGCGUGAUCCGCCGGCAGCUGAAGCUAAAGUUAGCAUCAAGGGGGCGACGGGCGGGGCUCAAAUGAAAUCUAGGGAGAACUUUUCCUUCGUGAAAAACGCAACACGAAGUGCUUUCCCGAUAAAAACAGACGAGAACCAAGCGAACCUUCCCGCGCGCCGCACACACGCACGGAGGCCCGAAACCGAAGCCGGCACCGAGGAUCCGGGGGAGGGAAGAUCGAGGAGGCGCUGCGGUUCGGCUGAAAAAGUUCAAAAGUCAAAAGGAAAUACGAUGCAAAAAGGCAGACAAAAAGAGAAAUCGGUGACAAGCUCAACCGAGGAGGCGAGUCUUGAGCCUUCUUUCAAAAAAGGCUCGACGAUGUUCACAACCUUCUCUGCGCUUCUGAUGCCCCGAACUGUGAAGACCGCAUGAUGAUGAUGAUGAUGAUGAUGAUGAUGAUGACUUUGUGUGUGUGCGUGCGCG